AUGGUCACUCUCGCUCUUGACCCUCUCGACCCGCUAACCCGCGCACUCCUACCUCCGAAGGAUGAGUCCCCCGCGGACCGCUGGGCGCGCGAGCAGCGGGAAGCUUCAGCGCGUCUUAUCAGCGAGCAGAUCGACGCGCAGCUCAAAGCAGAUCGACUUGCGCUGAAGAAGAAGGGGAAGCCAAUCAAGGUCCUCCUACUCGGUCAGAGUGAAAGUGGAAAAUCGACGACUGUCAAAAGUGCGUACAUCCACUCCAUUCCUUCUGCUGCUCGCUCGCGCCACUCCUAG